AUGGGCGCGAACCACCUUCUCGAAGUACCAAACAACACCAACCCGUUAUGGUGGAAGGACCCGGGCAUGCGCCAGAACGUGCUCCACUGCAUCGGCUGCUGCCUGUGCGUCUUCUAUAUCGGCUACGACCAGUCGCUGCUCUCGGCGCUCCAGGGCGUGCCCCAGUGGAAGGAGUACUUCAACAACCCCAAGGGCCCGUGGCUGGGCCUCAUCGCCGCGUCGCUCUUCUUCCCCGCCCUCGUGACGGUGUUUGUCUCGUCGUGGAUCUCGCAGCGCUUCGGCCGCCGCCCCGCCAUCUGGGUCGGCGCGACGCUCAUCGUCGCCGGUGCCCUGCUCAACGGCCUCGCGAAGAACACGGGCCAGUUCAUCGGCGGCCGUGCCAUGCUCGGAGCCGGCGGUGCCAUGACCAAGGUCUGUGCCGCGCCGCUGCUUAACGAGAUCGUCCACCCCCGCCUCCGUGAGCGCAUGGCCGCGAGCUACUACGGCUGGUACUUUAUCGGCUCGACCAUCUCGUCCCUCCUCUGCCUGGGCGGUCUCUACAUCAAGGGCGAGUGGGGAUGGCGCAUGCCAUGCAUUUUCCAGGCCUUUGUCCCGUUCCUUGUCAUCCUCAUUUCGUGGCUCGCCCCCGAGUCGCCCCGUUACCUCAUCGGCAUCGGCAAGCAUGAGCUCGCGCUCGCCACGCUGGCAAAGUACCACGCCAACGGCGACAAGCAGGACCCGAUGGUGCAGCUGGAGUUUAACGAAAUUGUCGUGGCGAUCGAAUCGGAGGGCGACGAAAAACAGACCUCGUACAUGGACCUCAUCAAGACACCUGCCGGCCGCCGUCGCACCCUCAUGGUCGUGCUUAUCGCCUUCGGUACCAACUGGAUGGGUAAUGCGCUCAUUGCGUACUACCUCACGCCCGUGCUUGUGUCGGUUGGCAUCGACAAGCCCGUCCAGACCUGCGCCCUCAACGCCGGCCUCGCCAUGUGGAACUUUGUCGUCUGCCAGGCCGCUGCCACCCAGAUGGGCAAGAUCAACCGCCGCGUCGCCUUCUUUACGUCCCACGCCGGCAUGAUCGCGUGUCUCGCCAUUGUGGCGGGCUUUUCCGCCACUUUCCAGAAGGACAGGGUCAAGAACAAGAACUGGGGUCUCGCCUCCGUCCCCUUCCUCUUCAUCUUCUACGGCUUCUACGACAUUGCAUGGCAGAUCCUCCAAUUCGCCUAUCCUACAGAGAUUCUCCCAUUCCGCGUGAGGACGAAGGGCCUUGCCCUUUUCACCUUCUGCCAGGUUUUGGCCAACUCCUUCAAUCAAUUCGUCAACCCUAUCGCCCUGGACGCGAUCAAAUGGAAGUACUACAUCGUCUACAUCGGUAUCAACAUCCUCUACGUGAUCUACUUCUACUUCAACAUGAUUGACAGCCACGGUCUGCCCCUCGAGGAGGUGACCCUCCUUUACGAGUACCCCCGCAAGGACGCCCGUACCAUGGCCCGUGCGGAGAUGGACAAGCGCAUCCGCGCCGAGGAGCUUCGCCAGCGUGGUGGCAAGGGUUCUAUCAACGAUGAGAAGAACGACGAGGACGUUCGUGUGGAGCGUGUUUAG